CCAGGGCUCCUUCCAGCAUCUCCCAGGCUUUUGCUGUCUCUAAAACACAAGGUUCCCUUUCACAAUGGCAAUCGAAUGAGCUUUAUCUCACCAGAAAGAGACGGUAUUAAUUCAGCAAGAAUAUUUGCCAAUUCAGUUUCCGGAGAAGAGGAAGAAAGUUACAUUCAUAUGGAACAGAGACAGGCAACAUCUCCAUACAGUGGUGCUUUUCCAUGGACAAGGAAAUCUAACCUUGAUUACUUAGCAUUGGAUUUUAAUUCUGCUUCCCCAUCCCCUGUACAGAAGAAACCUUUUCUCUCUGAGGAGCAGAGAGUGGACUAUGUCCAGGUAGACGAACAGAAGACUCAAGCUUUACAGAACACUAAGCAGGAAUCAAAAGUCUAAAGGAAGACAAUGUGGGAUCUGGAGGAUUUUUUUUUUUGCACUGGAACCACAAUGUUAAUGAAGCAGCUAUCACAGUAGAGUUCAAAGGCAGAGAGAGUUGUAAGAUGCUUACGGUCUCUAGAGGAAUG